CAACAAUUUCUCUCUCCAUUUUCAAUUUUCAUGUGAGAGAGAGAAUAAUGCCAGCGACGGAAUUCCAAGGCUCCGCAGCAGCUCAAUUCGGCCGCUCCGUGUUCAGCCUCAAGCGCCACAGCCACGUCACCCCAGUCGUGAUGGACGGCGGCCAAUCCCUCGACCUCGACACCUUCCAGAGCCACGUGUCCGAUUGCUUCCAACAGCUCUCCUCCUCCUCGCACGACCUCCUCUCUCUUUCAUGGCUCCGCGACCUCCUCGACUCUUUCCUCCGCAUCCACCACCAGUUCAAGCUCCUCAUCCUCUCCACCCCCAAGUCCCACCUCUCCAAGCCCACCGUCGACCGCCUCCUCUCCGACUACUUCGAGCGCAGCGUCAAGGGCCUCGACGUCUGUAAUGCCAUCCGCGACGGGAUUGAGCAGAUGCGCCAAUGGCACAAGCUGUUAGAGAUUGUUCUAUGUGCUUUGGAUCGUGACCGGACUCUCGGCGAAGGCCAGUUCCGGCGAGCCAAGAAAGCUCUCAUUGACUUGGCUAUUGCGAUGCUUGACGACAAGGACAACGCCUCCAACAACACCACCCUCGCCCACCGCAACCGCUCCUUCGGCCGGAGCAACACGCCGGCCAAGGACUACCGGUCUGUCGGACACUUCCGAUCUCUGUCGUGGAGCGUCUCGCGGUCGUGGUCGGCGGCCAGGCAGCUCCAGGCGAUUGGGAACAACCUCUGCGCGCCGAGGCCCAACGAAAUCGCCGCCACCAACGGGCUGGCCACGGCGGUGUUUACGGUCAAUUCGGUUCUGCUGUUUGUAAUGUGGGCCCUGGUGGCGGCGAUUCCGUGCCAGGACCGCGGCCUGCAGGUCCACUUCACCAUUCCGAGGACCUUCGGGUGGGCGGCGCCGCUGCUUUCGCUGCACGAGAGGAUUAUGGAGGAGUCGAAGCGCCGGGACCGGAGGAACGCCUGUGCGCUUUUGAAGGAGAUUCAUCAGAUCGAGAAAUGCUCCCGGCUCAUCAGCGAAUUGGCUGAUUCCGUUCAGUUUCCGUUGAGUGAGGAUAAAGAAGGGGAGGUCCGGCAGAGAGUUCAGGAGCUUUCGGAGCUCUGCGAGGGCAUGAAGGAGGGUUUGGACCCUCUGGAAAGACAGGUCAGGGAGGUCUUCCAUGGGAUUGUGCGGAGCAGAACAGAAGGGAUGGACUCUUUGGGAAAGACCAAUGAAUGAAUGAAGCGAAUUUAUUCAUGAAUUGUGAAUGAUCAAGUCCAACCGGCUCUUGUUGCUGAUGAAGAUGAUUAAUUUUGAAAGGGCUUCUGCAGAAUUGCAAAAUUGGGGUAAGGGAGGAGAUAUGACCCUUCUCUUGUAUUUAAUCAGUUAAUCACCAUAUAUGUGUAAAGAAGAAGAAAUUAGGAUGUGCAAAGCAUGGAUCUUCCUGGUCUAUCUUGCUCUUGUUUUUUUGUUGGUUUCGCCUUUUUUGUUGGGUAUUUAUAUUGUAUAAUGGAAAUUCUCAGCAAGCUUCUGGCUGCUGUUU